GCAAUGCAGUGCUCCUGUGUUGGUUUUGUAUAUAAGAUUUGCUAUGCAAUUCCAAAACUAAAAGAGGAGGAGAGACGGCCCUGCGUCCCAGAGCAAGCAGAAUCAGAGGUGAAAGGAGAAACUAUGACUUGGAACGACACCACUAUGGACGGGGAAGGGCUGCUGGUGGAAAGGGACUCCUCUUCCUUUCGGAUCCUCACGGGCUGCUUCCUCUCGCUGCUGAUCCUCUCCACGCUGCUGGGGAACACGCUGGUCUGCGCAGCUGUCAUUCGCUUUCGCCACCUCAGGUCCAAGGUCACCAACUUCUUUGUCAUCUCCUUGGCCGUGUCAGAUCUCUUAGUGGCAGUUUUGGUCAUGCCUUGGAAAGCUGUGGCCGAGAUCGCCGGUUUCUGGCCUUUUGGUUCAUUUUGCAACAUCUGGGUGGCCUUUGAUAUUAUGUGCUCAACAGCCUCCAUCUUAAACCUCUGUGUCAUUAGUGUGGACAGAUACUGGGCCAUCUCCAGCCCGUUUAGGUACGAGAGGAAGAUGACCCCCAAGGCAGCCUUCAUCAUGAUCAGCGUGGCGUGGACUUUGUCCGUGCUGAUCUCCUUCAUCCCAGUGCAGCUCAACUGGCACAAGGCUACAACCACGAGCUUUUUGGACUUCAACGCCAGCUUAGAAGGUGUAACCAUGGACAACUGUGAUUCUAGCCUAAACAGGAUGUAUGCCAUCUCCUCUUCUCUGAUUAGCUUCUACAUCCCCGUGGCCAUCAUGAUAGUCACCUACACCAGGAUAUACCGGAUUGCUCAGAAGCAAAUCCGGCGCAUCUCGGCUCUGGAGAGAGCAGCAGUGCAUGCCAAGAACUGCCACAACCCGGGUGGCAACAGGAGCAGCAUGGACUGCCAGCAGCCAGAGAGCAACUUCAAAAUGUCCUUCAAGAGGGAAACCAAGGUGUUAAAGACCCUCUCAGUGAUCAUGGGGGUGUUUGUGUGCUGCUGGUUGCCAUUUUUUGUGUUGAACUGCAUGAUUCCCUUCUGCGAGCCCACCCAGCCCUCCAAGGGGGCAGAGGCUUUCUGCAUUAAUUCCACCACCUUUGAUGUUUUUAUAUGGUUUGGAUGGGCCAAUUCUUCCCUGAACCCCAUCAUCUAUGCCUUCAACGCCGAUUUCCGCAAGGCAUUCUCCACCUUGCUGGGCUGCUACAGGCUCUGCCCCCUGGCUGGCAACGCCAUCGAGACCGUCAGCAUCAACAACAACGGGGCCGUGGUCUUCUCCAGCCAGCACGAGCCCAAAGGGUCCAGCCCCAAAGAGUCCAACCUGGUUUAUCUGAUCCCACACUCCAUUAUCUGCCCGGAAGAAGAACCUCUUAAAAAGGAAGACGAGGAGGGUGAACUGUCAAAGACCUUGGAGAAAAUGUCUCCAGCACUGUCGGGUAUCUUGGAUUACGAAGCUGAUGUUUCUUUGGAAAAGAUCAAUCCCAUUACACAGAAUGGGCAGCAUAAAACCUGAACAGUAAGGUUUACUCAGCCAGACCUAAUGGUGUAUACUGUAAUAAUCUUUUUUGGGAAAAAAAAAAGAUAUAUGAGAUUUUUUUGGUAAGAACUUAAGCUCUAAGGGAGAAAAAUGCACAUUUACACCAAGCCCAGAAUUAAUUUUCCUGGCAUUCAGAGCAAAUUUAACAUUUCAAACAAUAAAAAGAAAAAGAUACUGGAAAUUGGUUAUUAAAAAGGAUGUUAAACUGUACUGUUCACCCUGAGGAAAAUCUACAAAUUUAGAUACAGUGCAGUUACAAAGAAAAUGUUGCUUCUUCUCUGUACAGAGAAACCAAUUUCUAGGUAAAAGUGAGGCAAAAGAUAAAUGUUGAGUAUUUAAAGAUUAAUGUUUACUAGAAGUUAAAAGAUUGCUUUGUCUUGUGAUAGUGGGUGUUAACAGGUCCUAAUUAAUGACUGAGGGAUUGUAAAGGUAGGUAGAUGCCUUCUUAAAAUUAUUUCUGACAAAUAAUUGAGCCUUAUAAUGAGAAUGGUUAUUUUUAAAGCUUUGGGAGGUAAUAUGUUGAUACUGGUUUUAUUUAUUUAUUGUUUUAAAUUGAUAUUUUUCAUAUGUUAUAACAGAUCUAGCUUUAUUUAUGUUAUUUAAGAUGUUUAAAUAAUGGGAUAUUUUUGGAGUGUCAUAACUGCAUUUUGACCAGUCAACCAGUCAGCACUUUAUUACAAGCUCUGAUAGUCUGGAGAGCUGGUGAGGGGAAUGGAGCAGUGUUAAGGAGCUCAGCAAGAAAUGAAGGAAUCAACAGAACUGAUGCUGUGUGGAGUUGGUUUGCUUGUGGGCUUUUUUUAUUUUUAAGUGGGAUUUCUUUCAAAAGAUAGGACCAGAGUUGACUGAGUUGCGAAUUUUCUUCCCUUAUAGAAAUAAAAGAAAUUGCUGCUAUUUAUUUUUAAAAAGUUUCAUGUUACAGAGACUUUGCUAGAAUGUCAAGUUUGUGGAUCUGUAAAUACCUUAAAUAUGACUACAACCUUAAGAAGGAUCCAAUUUGGGAAGGAAAGCUUCUUAGAUAACAAUUCUUAGUAUAUAGUGUUUUGUAUUUAUGUAAGAUAAACAGCUUUCUCAGACUUUUCUUAUUUCAAGUCUUGGAUAUCUUUUCUGAACAAACACACUGGGUUAUAAUGGCAGCUGGGAGGACAUCACAAUUUAGAGACUGCCAUGUCAAUACUCCAAUCUAUAAAGGAAUUGUGGCCUCAUUACCAUUUGGGAUUAAAACAUUUCUAAAUCCGGCUGGAACUGCAGCCUCCAUCUCGAAACCCUCCUGUGAACUCCAAAAAAGUUGCCAAUGUUUAAUUAAAAAAAUCCUGCUACUUUGCCACUGUCCUUCCCUGCUGCUUUCCCUCUGUAAUGCCAAAAGCAAUCAGUGAGCAUUAGCAACAGGAACGUUGGGUGUUAAUAUUCAGCAGCAUUCAAAGGAAUCCAUUUCUUUUCUAAAUGGGAGAAAAUACCCUUUGGAGCAACUUUUUCGUAACAUAUAUCAAAAGAAAUGUGUUGUCAGGAAAAGAGAACUGAGAGGAAAAAAAAUUUUAAAGUCUAACAAACUAUAUACAUCCUGCAUCAGGUCUGUGUAUUUAUGUAUUGUGAAUGUUUUCAUAAUUUUAUUGCCUGUAUGCUGCUUUCAUACAUAUAAUAAAAUUAUUUUGUGAACAGAAGGUCAAAUAAAG